AUCAACUUGAGCGGAAUGUUCGUUAUGGGUGGUUACUUUCCGAUUGACUGAGGUUGUUCGUUUCUUUCAAACAAGUUAUUGGAUUUCAUUUGUUUGCUAAACGUCUAUCAGUAACAUCGACAUUCUUGCUUCAUAUUUACGAAUGUCUCUAAAUUUCCCGAUUGAAAAUCUCUUUGAAUGGGUAUAUUCUAUUGCACUUUGAGAACUUUUAACAUAGCAACAAAUGUUUAUUCUAUACAUAAUGUUACGGAUGGGAUUGUAUUAGGUAAAGUUUUGCAUACCAUUGCUCCAAAUCAUUUCACUGAUGAAUGGUUGCAAAAAUUAAAUUAUGAUGCUGAAAUCAAUUGGAGGCUGAAGGUCAGUAAUCUUAAGAAGAUAUUGAAAGCUGUUAUUGAAUUUCUAAAUGAGGGAAUUGAAGAUAGAAUAUCUGUUCAAUGCCUUCCAAAUCUACAAGAAAUUGCUGAACAUGAAAAUGAAGAGUCGACAUUUCGUUUAUUACAAUUAAUACUUGCAUGCGCUGUAAAUUGUGAUAAUAAACAAACUUAUAUCCAAACAAUUAUGGGGAUGGAAGAAACUGUGCAACAAGCUAUAAUGGAAGCGAUUCAACAGUUAAUGUCAACUCGUUUAAGUAUGAGUGAUACUAUGGAUUAUGAAGAUCGUUUAUGUAAGACAGUGGAACAAUGCAAAGCAUUAUUAAUAGAAAAAGAGAAAUUGGCUGAACAGUGUAAAAAUCUUCAGCAAGAAGUAUUAAAUUUACAAGACGAAAAGUCCCAUCAACAAUCUGAAUUGAAUCGUUUUAAAACUUAUUUCAAUUCAUUGGGUUUAAAUCCAGCGAUAUUGGCAACAACAUCAAUUAAUUCUCAAUCAUCUCCAACAUCUUCAGUAGUUACAGCUACAACAGGAGUUGAAUCAAUUGAAGGUGACUUAAAUUCAAUCAAUACAGAAUUAUUAAAUCAAUCUGCUAGUUCCAUAUCAGCAAUUACUUGUAGUAAUAAUGUUCUAAUGAGUCCAACUAUAGCUAAUUUACGCAUAAAUCAUUUACAAAAUCAAUUAAGUAAAUUACGUGAUGAAUUGUAUAGAACUGAGUGUGAUAAAGAAGAAUUAAAAAUUCAAUUAACCGAAAUCACUGCACAAAAUCUUGAAUUAAAACAAAAAUGUACCAUUUUAACGGCAAAAGCAGAAGAAAGUAUUCAUUUAAAAGAUGAAUUAGAUAUUGCUCGUGAAGAAGCAUCUAAUAUAUUACGUUUAUCUACAACUAUUGAACAAUUACGUAAACAUGCUGAUGAAGUAGUUAGUUUACGUUUACGUUGUUCACAAUUAGAAAAUGAUAAUCAAAUUUGUGUACAACGUUUAACUGAAUUAGAACAAGAAACACGUUUAGAUGGGAAUAUACGAUCAAAAGUAAAAGCUCAAGCACGUUUACAAAUAGAAGAUGCACAAUUCUUAGCAAAUGAAGCAAUAAAACGUGCUGAAUUAGCUGAACAAAAUUUAUUAAAAAUUCGACAAGAAUUAAUUAAUGUAAAUCGUGAAAAAGAGUGUAUCUUCUCUGAACUUACUCGUCUUAAAUCUUGUUGUGAAGGUCUUCAAUCAUGUGCGCAAGCAUCAAAUUAUGAUACACCAGCAAUGGAAUCACAAAUGUUAAAUUUACAAGAAGAAUUAUGUCGUUUACGUACAUCAAUGUAUGUUAGUGAUGUGAAUGGUGGUAACAGUAUGAACGAAGUUGGCGGCAAUACUACUACUACUACUACUACUACUGCUAUUGCGACUGGUAUAUUAGACAAUGAUACUGGUUUUGUUGAUGAUAAUGAUGUUCAUCAUUUCAAUAUGUCCGUAACAUCACAAAACAAACUGAAUACUAAUGAUAAUGAUUGUCAUUCAUUAACUGUCAAUGAUAAUGAUUCUUCUAGUACACAUAAUUUACAAACAUCAUCUACAAAUUCUUAUCAUAUUCAUAUUGAUAAAGAUAUGAGUAAUUCAUCUGCCGUCACUACAUUGUUAUAUACAAAUUUAAUGACAAAAUUAACUCAAAAAGAAACAGAUUUCAUUGAAAUGGAACAAAAAUAUCGAGGUUAUUUAUGGAAAGCACGUGAAGUGAUACGAUUGUUAGAACGUCAAUAUCGACAACAUCAACAUAAUUGCCCACAAUAUAAAGAGAAAAUAAUCAUUGAUAUAAACAAUACUAAUAGUACUGAUACUAACAACAAUAAUAUAAAUAGUGAUAAAUUAAAUGAAGAAAUUAAUUAUUUACGUACGUUAUUAGUUGAAAAAGAACGUGUUAUUGAGAAAUUAGAGACUCAUCAUGAACAAAUGAGACGUCAUCAUGAAGCUGAAGAACGUAUUCUUUUAACUGCAUGGUAUAAUUUAGUAAUUAAAUCAACUAAAAACUUAAUUGAAUCAGAUCUAAAACAAAAUUGUCAUAAUUCUUCUCCUGAAAAACUCAAUAAUUUUCUAUCAUGUUGUAAUACAGAAACUAAUUUAUCAUUUUUAACUCGACAACGUAAUGUUCAUUUGAAACCCCCGACUGAUUUAACUUCAUUAGUGAUGGCAACAAAACAGUAAUUGGUUGUUGUUGUUGUUGUUGUUGUUGUUGUUGUUGUUGUUGUUGUUGUUGUACCCAUAUAUACCUUCAUUUCUCAUUGGUCCACAUUAUAUUUUCUAUUAUCCUUGUGCAUUUCACUAGGAUUGAUGAUCAUUGAAUUCCAUUUUUUCAGGAUUACAAUCAAGUUUGUUUUCCGCAUUUCAAUUCUUAAGUAACCUCUUCCUACUUUCAAUGCAGCUAUUCUACAAAUUCAUCAAAUAUAUUUUAUAUCAUGAUUAUUUCAUAUUUAACCCUUGAAAUUUGAUCUGAUUGAUUAUUCUUGAAGUGAUCUUUAAAGUCAAAAAGUGAUGAUCCCGAUCAUUGUCAGUUCAAUUACUUAUUAUUGAUUGAGUAAUUUGAUUUUGAGUUUCAUGUGGAUUCUCAAUUGUUUCUCACUUCAUAUUUACAUGAAUCGUUGUACAUAUGAAGCUAAUUUUACUGUUACAUUUUCUGUUUAAUUCAUUUUUUGUAAUUACUCAUUGAUAAUAUAUACUUACUUACUUACUU